GCCGAUGCAUGAGAAGGCAGCUCCCCUGAAGAGCCCCGAGCCCAGGCACGGUCGUGAGAAGCUGGAGGUGUCCCACAAGCAGAAGAGUUUGGAUUCCCUCGACGGCAGCCUCCGCCUGAACGAAGCCCUCAAGGAUGAGGACAUCAAGAAAUGCCACCGGGAAGUGGCUGCUAGCAAGUACAACUCCCAGUACCACAAGCUGUUCAAGGACAUCCCGACGGAGGAGAGCGUGCUGAAAGUUUGCUCCUGCGCGCUCCAGAGAGACAUCCUCAUCCAGGGAAGGCUUUACAUCUCCCCCAACUGGCUCUGCUUCUACGCAAACCUUUUUGGGAAGGACAUUAAGGUGGUGAUCCCAGUGGUGUCUGUACAGCUGAUAAAGAAGCACAAGACGGCUCGGCUGCUGCCCAAUGGCCUGGCCAUCACCACCACUGCCAGCAGAAAGUACAUCUUUGUAUCCCUCAUCUCUCGUGACAGCGUCUAUGAUGUCCUGAGGAGGGUCUGCACCCACCUGCAGGUGUCCAGUAAGAAGAGCUUGAGUCUGAAGGAGCUGUCGGAGGAGCCGGACUCCGUGUCACUGGAGGUGAUCGUCCCUGAGGGCAAGUGGAGGAAGGUGUCACCUACCUCACUGUCACUGUCACUGCCAGAUGCCAACUACCAGUGCAUCCACCGGGCCUCUGUCAGCAGCCUGAGCACCAAGGAGAGCUCCUUCACCUCUGAGGAGCCACUGGUUUCAGAAAGUGCAAUAAAUACCGAGGAGGAGCUGGAGGUGGAGCAGAGCUGUGUGGCAGAGCUGAGACCCUCUGACUACCAGCUCCUGAAGAUCUUCAUCGUGCUCAUCUGCCUCCUGGUCGUGUCCUCCUCGUACCUGGCAUUCCGCAUCUUCCGCCUGGAGCAGCAGCUCUGCUCUCUGAACCGGGAUUACCUCUCCCGCGGGCACAGGAGGUGACCGUUCCCCAGGUGCUGGCUGAGGAUGGACACUGAGGUGGUGGCACCCUGCCCACGGAUCCCGGUGCUGUGUCCUCCCAACCGUGGCUGUUACAUUUGGUCCGGAUUUCCCUCGGCUGGUAAAAUGGGACCAAGUAUUUUCUCUCUUCCUUUGGGCACUUGCUCCUGGUGGGACUUUGCAGCCAGGUUCUGGUUACCAGUGCCAACUCCCCAUCCCACUGGAAACCUGUUUUCUCCCUGGGACACUGCUGUGCUGUAGCACCGGACAAUGGCUCGGGGCUGCCGAGCACUUGGACCUUCCCUUAGGACUUGCUGCUAAGAUGGAUGCUGAUUUUUAUUUCAGGCUUGGUUUUUUUCUUGUUAAAAGAUGACCUUGGGCUCACCAGGAACCCCCAGAAAUGUGGAUGAGUUACCACUGCUGCUCUGGGAGAACCCACCUGUUUGUCCCUCAGUGUCCCUGGGAAUGUUCCUGGAGGAAUGGCCCUGAAUACAGGGAUCUGGGGGGAUGGGGAGAAAGGGCCUGCUAGCCCUGUGGGGUGUCCCUCAUUUGUCCCACAGUGGGGGUUCAAGCCAGGGCUCCCCAGCCUUCUCUCCUGGAGCACCGAGCUCAGAGAGGGGGGUGUGUGUGUGUGUGCAUCCCUUGCAAAGCACUUUAAGGUCCCCCAGACCAGGUGUCCUCGCUGGGGUUCACACCUGGCACAGAUGAACUUUGUUAGUCCUGCUCACCCCAUGAGGAUGCUGGAGAGGAGCCCAUGGCUGGCACUGGGCAAUGUCCCAGAGUGCAGAAGCUGUGCCCUGGUUCGUGUUAACCCUGUCACUGCAUGGAGCUGAGUGCUGCAGGAUCUGUCUUGCAGGAUUUGUCCCACAGCCCCCUGGGAGCACCCUGGGGUGGCAGGUGGUACCGGUGUGAUUCCUUUCUUUCCUGUUUUUUUGGGAACUACAAGUGCUGAUGGGGCCAAAUCCCGGCGCCCUGGGGAAGAGCUCACUGCUCGCUCCGGGCUUGGAACGACUUUUAAAUGGAAUUACAAUAAACCCUGGAUUUUCUAGCA